AUGGCAUCCAAUGCUCCCUCCGCUGAUCCCUUCGCCGCUUCCUCUGCCGCUGUCGCCUCACCUGCAUCCAAUGCUUUCUCCACUGCUGUUGCCACACCGACUUUCAAGAUUCUCGAGCAAAUUGAGGGUCAAUUUUGCAAUGACCCGGUAUUGGUGCGGCUCAUUCAUUUUUGGGAAGCUCGCAACUUUAAGAAAGGGAACAUCCUCAUGGGUUUUGAACUUCUCCUCCUUGACCCAGAGGUAAUAUGCGCCCCUUCCAUUUUCAAAUACACUGUGGUAUAG